AAAACAUAAGGCAAAUGCAACUACAGUAGGAGUUCGUAGAAAGGAGCAACAAGGGCAGCUGAAAUCAAUAUUCUUCCAAGAAGCUCCAUUGUGCCGGUUCAUCGAGUUUCUUCUGCUGGUACCCAGUCCAAACUAGGAGAGGCUGAAGGAGUUGCUGAAGUUCCAUCUAGGCACAAGUUGUUUCUGCUCCAAUGGACAAAGGUCUUCACUUUAUGCUCUGUGUGAUUACAACCAUGCUGCUCCUAAAAGAAUCAAGCCAUACAGGAACUAUCAAGAAUGAUGACACUGUGAGUAAGGGCACUGACCCAGAAGGGCCAGAAGAGAAUCUUCCAACACUGACUGUCACCACAAUUCUGGAGGAUCCCUAUGUCAUGGUGAGAAGUGCAGAGCUGGAGGGAUACUGCAUUGAUUUGCUGAAAGCACUUGCUGCGAUGCUUCACUUCAGCUAUAAGGUGAAGGUGGUGGGAGACGGGCAGUACGGUGCCAUCUCUUCCAAAGGCAACUGGACAGGGAUGAUUGGCGAGAUCAUGAGACAGGAAGCAGACAUUGCAGUGGCUCCCUUGACAGUCACAUCAGCAAGGGAAGAGGUGGUCUCCUUCACCACACCAUUCCUACAGACUGGGAUUGGAAUCUUGCUUCGAAAAGAUACCGUAUCUCAGGAGAUGCCUCUCUUUCACUUCUUGGCUCCCUUCAGCAAGGAGACUUGGACUGGCCUCUUAUUUGCUUAUGUGCUGACAUGCCUCUGUCUCUUUCUUGUUGCCAGACUGAGCCCCUGUGAGUGGAAUGAGCCAAAGAAUGAAGAAAACCACUUCACCUUCCUAAAUAGCCUCUGGUUUGGAGCAGGAGCACUUGCAUUGCAAGGUGUCACCCCCCGGCCCAAAGCGCUCUCCGUGCGGGUCAUUGCUGCCAUCUGGUGGCUGUUCACCAUAGCCUUGCUGGCUGCCUACAUCGCCAACUUCACUGCGCUGCUGAGCGCUGGCAGCGAACAGCUCCCAAUCCAGACAUUUGAAGAUCUUGUGAAGCAAAGGGAGCUUGAGUUUGGGACACUGGACGGCUCCUCCACCUUCUACUUCUUCAAGAACUCCAAGAAUCCUAUCCAUCAGCUGAUCUAUGAAUAUAUGGACAAGAGACGAGACUAUGUUUUAGUCAAAACCUACCAGGAAGCAGUGCAACGUGUGAUGGAAUCAAACUAUGCCUUCAUUGGUGAAUCAGUCUCUCAAGACCUUGCAGCAGCCAGGCACUGCAAUUUGAUCAGGGCCCCUGAAGUUAUUGGAGCCAGAGGAUUUGGCAUUGCCACUACAAAGGCAUCCCCAUGGACUAAGAAGCUCUCCAUUGCAGUCCUCAGACUGCGUGAAUCAGGAGAUCUUGACCACUUGCGUAACAAGUGGUGGGAGAGCAGCUGCCUUCACAAAAGUCGAGACAGAUGGAGUCCUCUGCAGCCCCAAGCACUAGGUGGGCUCUUUCUUACUCUUGCAAUUGGCCUUGCAUUGGGAGUGAUUGCAGCUGUGGUGGAGCUGUCAAAUAAGAGCAGACAUACUGCUGGAAACUUAAAGAAAUCUUGUUGCUCCAUUUUCACAGAAGAAAUGUGCACUCGUUUACAUAUACAAGAAAAUACAAGACAAAGCCAAGAGACUUCAGGGAAGGCAAAUACUUAAAGUUUUUUGUUUAAGGAAUGGGCAUGUAUUAGUUUUCUAUCAUAUAUAUUUUAUAGGUACUACAUCACCAUAGAAAGAUGGUUUUCUGCAACUUUUUAAUGUUAGUUUCCUAACUACACCCCCACCCCCCCACAGAGCACUUCUGAUUAGAAUUUAGGGGCUUGGAGGAAUAAACUAAUAAGGGAUAGAAGGUAAUCUGAGUGCAACAGUUAGUUAGGGGCAGGUAACACCUGGAGAAAAUAAAGUUGAGAUGGCUAAGGUGCUGGAUCCAUAGUUAGUGUAGCUUGUACUAUGUGAGUACAUGAAUGGCUGUAGAAGGGACAGAAUAGGAUAAUAGGAAGCCUCUGCUUACUAAUUACAAUAUGAGGUACAUUUUGAAAAUUAAAGCUCUCACUCAACUGUUUUAAACAAGAAAAACUGCCUCUUAGAUGUUUUAGUUGCAAACAGACUGUACUCUUCCCUUCUUCUAGAGGGAACAUGCUGGUCAUUGUGAAGGCCAUAUCUGAAUCAGAAGAGAGCUGCAACAGUUGCAUAAAUUCCCAGAAUGCAGGACUGACUUACCUAACUGCACUCUCUUCAGUCAAAACAGAGAAAAGGAGACCCUAGUCCAAGGUACUGGACUUAGAGAUGCAAGACCAGGACCUCCCUUCUGAGUAGGCAAGCUAUUUAGCAUUUGUCAAUUAACAGUCACAAGAUGAGACGUUCCCUGUUUAGCUAUAGACGACAGUUUGUCCUAAUUAAGCUGAUCUGUACUUAGGAAAAAAAGAGAGUCAUAGUUAAAAUCCAAUAGUACUGGAGCAGUUUAGUAAUUAGUUGAUUAAAAAACAAAACAAAACAAAUCUACCAGGCAAGGGAAGUAAUGAGCAUUUCAGAUCAUUCCUCUCUCGUUAUCACAGAAGAAUCUUUGAAAUUCAGAGAGAACAGGUCUCUCAAUUGCUGUAUUACACAUUCUCCAAUUAAGCUGCUUUUCAUUUAGAAUAAAGCAUGCCAGAGCUGGAAUGACCGAUGCAUGCACAUGCUGGUUUGCAAAUUAACAGGUAAAUCACUGCCUUUACAUACUCUACAUCCAAUGGAAGUGAGGGAAAAAAAAAAAAAAAAAAAAAAAACCACAGAGAAAACUGCAGUGCCUGAACAAAAAAAUUAAAUUUGUAUCAGUCCUACCAUUAAAUAGCUGAAGGUAACAGAAACUAACAUGCCUGUGACAGGAAAAUAGCUGGGUGUUCCUAAAUAAAGCAGUAUAGAUUUACUUUGAGGGUAAUUUAGAUACAUAUUAUAUAUCAUGUAUUAGAACUUAAGAGGGUCUAAGUGCAGACUGAUUUCCUCCCCCCCCAACCUUGAUUGUUAACAGUGGAAGUAGUAAAAGUUAGGAGUUCUUCCAAGUGUUGGUAAACUAGUGUUGUUCAGGUACCUGUUAUGCUCUCGGAUCGUGACAGAUCUAUUUUCAAUACAGCUUAAGCAAUGUUUGUUAAGUUAGACAGUAAGUAAGUAAGUGGACCAAUCCUUUAACAGAAUUAACUGCAAAGAGUAUGAAACAAUUUAGGUAACUUCAAGAGCUAAUAUGGCAAAUGCGACAUCAAGUUCUUUCAGCACUUUAAAAACUAUUUGGUACCAGCCACAUCAUUGCUGGCAGAGUAGGCAGAUGUAUAAAAAGGUUUCAUUGACAUUUAAAUAUAUUUCUAUAUGAAUGUCUCACAGAACAAAAAAUAAAGUAUUUUCAUCACAAAUACUGCAGCAUUAAAAUAAACACUUACCAAAAUAAACAAUGAGUGAUAUACAUAUAUAUAUUUGAAUGUGUAUACUAUAUAAUGAAUCAUAUUGUUGCUUUUUAAGUCACAAAAGCACAAUAUAAAUAUGGAAUUUCCUGUGAACUCAUUUCCC